UCUGCGACAGAGUGAGUGGGUCCUGUUCUGUAUCCUACGCUGUGAAGGGCUGCAGGAACUGUGAGGAGAGCGGGUGAACUCCAUAUCCGCCAUGGAUGCAGUGACCUAUGAAGAUGUGCAUGUGAACUUCACUCAUGAAGAGUGGGCUUUGCUGGAUCCUUCCCAGAAGAGUCUCUAUAAAGAUGUGAUGCUGGAGACCUACUGGAACCUCACUUGUAUAGGGUACAAAUGGGAAGACUGUAAUAUUGAAGAACAUUGUCAGAGAUCUAGAAGAAAUGGAAGGUAA